CCAUCAAAGAUGCUCUGGAAAGUUUCCACAAUUAAGCACACGAAGUUCAUUGUCAGUUGUUAAACUUGUCAGCAACCACGUUUUGAUACUUACAAAAAGUUUUUGCAAAAGUAGUCGCCAUCUGAACUUUGCAGUCAAGCAGUUUUAGAAAUUUUGGGGGAAAAGAGUGGUCAAUAAAAAUCUGGACUGAAAAUGAAAGGCGUUUACUCCAUUAGUAUUCUCCUCUUCUUUCUUGUCACUGCAUCUUGCAAUCCGGUCGAUCGCUUUGAUGCCCAUGAUAAUCUCGAUGAUGAUUUCCUCGAUGCAGAGGACAGUGAAGAGGACCUUGCACCAGAUGGCAGACCAUUUGUAGAUAUAGACCUGCCUCCGUACAAGGAGAUGGAAAACGGAAGUGUGGUGGUGCAUCCCCCCGUCCGUGAGAGGGACCCGCUACAUCGCGGAGAUCCCAUGGACGAACGCAACACCAUUGACAUGGAUCUCUUCGAAGGGGACAUGAGACUCACUGAAGAGCAAAGUCGCUUGUUACGAGAGGCCCACAUUGAUGGGAGCGGGGAACACAGGGACAGGAGCAAACGGAAAGCUGAUCGAUCCGCGUUCAGUGCAUGGACUGAUGCUAUAGUCCCAUAUGUUAUUACUUCCUCCUCAGAACCUGAUAGUGCCCUGAUCGAAGAGGUAAUGGACUAUUUGAGUGAGAGAUCAUGCAUCCAGUUUGUUCCAUGGAACUCCGAAGUUCAUGGUGAAAGUCGGCUCUCUUUCAUGAAGGGUUCAGGGUGUUGGUCCUACAUUGGGCGACAUCCGGGUGGGGUCAAUGAAAUUUCCAUUGGACAAGGCUGUGCUUCUUUUGGCGUAAUCUUCCACGAGAUAAGCCACGCCCUCUCCUUCUUCCAUGAGCAGUCCCGCCCGGAUCGAGAUGAUUACGUGACUAUUCUUUGGGACAAUAUCAUAGUUGAAUAUCAACGCAACUUUAAUAAGUAUGCUGAGAGUGUGAUUAAUACCUAUGGAAUACCCUACGAUACAACGUCUGUCAUGCAUUACAGCAGUACAGCUUUUUCUACAGAUAGUGCUUCAGUUAAUCGAGCACCAACUAUCAUUACCAUAGACCCACUGGAAAUGCCAUACUUGGGAAAUCGUGUCGCCCCAUCGUUCGGGGAUCUCAAACUACACAAUCUUGUCUACGGUUGCCCAGCGGCGGCUCAAGCUUCUUGUGGUAUUGACGACUCCUCGUUGUGUAUGAACGACGGCUACCUUUUGUACAACUGCACAUGUGUAUGUCCACCUCAAUAUACGGGAAAUCGAUGCGAAUUGAACAAUCCCGAAUUUGUUCCACGUUGCAUUAUCGAAAGAACCGCAGACGACGGAGAGACGGGUACUAUCUCCUCACCGAACUACCCUUCAAACUAUGGUCCAAAUGAACUGUGUCAGUACCUCAUCACGGGCCCAGUUGGAUCGACAAUCAGUUUGACUUUCACAAUAUUCGAGCUGCAGGCCAAAGCUAGAACAUCAGCAGGUGAUUUUAUUUGUUACUGGGAUUACACCGUUGUUUAUGAUACACCUUUGACACAUGAUGGCACGAGCAUAUGUGGUUCGGAUAACAUGUUACCACUGAGCUUCAAUUCUGCUGGUAAUCAGAUGAGAGUAUUGUUUGCAUCAUCCGGACUAAACCAUUAUAAAGGAUUCACGGCAAAUUAUAUCAUUAACAUUCCGUCCACACCCACGCAACCCAUCACUACGACACAACCAACUACAACAACGCAACCAACCACAACCAUGCAACCCACCACAACCAUGCAACCCACCACAACCAUGCAACCCACCACAACCACCCAACCCACCACAACCAUGCAACCCACCACUACAACACAACCAACUACAACUAGGCAACCCACCACAACCGCGCAGCCCACCACAACAAUGCAACCAACCACAACCAUGCAACCCACCACAACCAUGCAACCCACCACAACCAUGCAACCCACCACAACCAUGCAGCCCACCACUACAACACAACCAACUACAACUAUGCAGCCCACCACAACCACCCAACCCACCACAACCAUGCAGCCCACCACUACAACACAACCAACCACAACUAGGCAACCCACCACAACCGCGCAGCCCACCACAACAAUGCAACCCACCACUACAACACAACCAACCACAACUACCCAACCAACCACGCGACCCACCACUACAACACAGCCAACUACAACUAUGCAACCCACCACAACCGCGCAGCCCACCACAACCAUGCCACCCACCACUACAACGCAACCAACCACAACUACCCAACCAACCACGCGACCCACCACUACAACACAACCAACUACAACUACGCAACCACCAACGACCACGCAACCGACAACUACCGAAGUCGUUGGGACCUGCGGAGGAGACUUUGCCAAUGCAGCCGGCCGGUUUGCUUCACCAAACUAUCCGAGCGCCUAUCCCAAUAAUCAGUUGUGUACAUACCAGAUAACCGUGGCAGCGGGACAGCGUGUGGCGCUAACUUUGGAAGCAUUUGAUUUGGAAUAUUACUGUUUCGACUGGUUAGAAAUAAACCUAGGAGAUGAGAGUCACACGCCUAUCGAAAUCUGCGGCCAAGAUGUCCCACAAGGAGAAAUCGUCUCGGUGGCCAACACUAUGACCAUUGUCUUCGAGUCCGAUUACUCCAUCACCCUAGGCGGGUUCGUCGCCAGCUACCGCACUGUCGACGUCGUUCCUGACCUGGAGUCCGUUGCUGUUGUCGAAGGCUCGCAACGAAGCGCGUGCGAAGAUACGACAAACCAAGACGAAGGCUUCAUCCAAUCGCCAAACUACCCUGGAAACUAUCCCAAGCGGACCACGUGCUCCUAUGAUAUCACUGCGCCAGAAGGCUCUCACGUGCAGCUCGACUUCGAACCCGCGUUUGAGAUCAGAUAUAAGACGGAUUGUAGGAAGGAUUUCCUUAUGAUCGACCUCGGAAAUGGAAUCACUGAAAAUCUGAAGAUUUGCGGUGAUGAGGAGCCGAUUGGUUCCUACAUAUCCCUGGGCAAUGAGAUGAGGCUACGAUUCAAGUCGCGUGGGGGCAGAGGGCGACAAGGAUUCAGGGCUAAGUUUAACACCGUGAACAUCGCCUAAGGACAAGGUCAAGGACAGGCUCAAGGUCAAUUACAAGGGCGGACUCAAGGUCAAUGACAAGGACAUGGGCAAGGUCAGGGACGAUUUACAGGGAAAGGCAUUGGCUGUGGUUGACUGGGUCUUCGAAUUUAAGAAUGAUAAACAAAAGAUGAGUCCAUUUUCCAACGAAGGAUCUAAGCUAAAGUUUGAAUUUUUAAUUGUUAAAAUAUUUUACUAGUAAAUUUCAUUCAUAAUUAUACAUGAACAUUUUGUUUCACAAUACAUAAAUAAAACAAUUAUAUAAGAAAAAGUGGUAUAGUUUCGCGAGUAAUCACAAAUUUACAAUAAACAAUGGAGAUUGUUUAGGCAGUGGAAAAUGAUAUUAUAACAAAAUAAUUAUAUGACACGUACCAGCCUAUGUUUUACAAUAAAGAUACAUAACAAAUGGGAAUUAUAAUUUCGUUAUUGAUAUUGAGUUUGUUAUCUGCAGCUUGGUCUAAAUAAAAGUCUACUCAAGUAUAUCAAGUCUAUUGAAAUCAUUUGUUGAUGUUUCUUUCUCUCCCUCAUUUUGUCAACUCACUAUCUCUCUCUCUUUCACUC